AUGUGGGAAUCGGAGCUUGGGAAGAGCAGAAAAGCUGAUCACGAAGGAGAAGAAGCUGGUGAUCCGAGCUUCCAAAGUCGGCCAUGGAGGACAGUUUUAGAUGGAGCUUCCACGGCCGAAAGACAAAGACCUCUGAAAAAGGUCCGAAGCCCUGAACGUCACGUUCCGAUCCAACCCUCUUUCCUUCAACACCAGCAAGUCACUCAAUCUUAUUCAAUCCCGCCUCCCUCUCUGUUUCCUCUUUCCAAUUCCAAUUCCCCUGCUUUCAACUCUUCAAGCCCGAGGAUUCUGUUCCCUUUCGCUUUCGAAGGGUCGUCGUCGAUGCCCGCAAAUCAGCCCAUCCAUUUCCCCCCGCCGCCGACGACGACGGCGACCCAGUUUACCACCACAAACCCUUCGCAAAACCAGAUGAUCUCAUUCGACCAGCAGCAGCAGCAAACGACGCCGUUCCCGCCAUUUUUCGCGUCAGAAUCCGCCCACCACCACCAGCAGCAACAGCAGCUGUACCGGUACUGGAGCGACCCGCUGAAUCUGAGCCCGAGGGGACGUUUCCUGAUGAUGAACCAGGUGGUCGGACCGGACGGCAGGCGGAUGUUCCGGCCGACGAUGCCGGUCCAGCCGAUCAACACGACGAGGCUCUACAGGGGAGUGAGGCAGAGGCAUUGGGGGAAAUGGGUGGCCGAGAUUCGCCUCCCGCGCAACCGCACACGCCUCUGGCUCGGCACCUUCGACACCGCCGAGGACGCCGCCAUGGCCUACGACCGCGAGGCGUUCAAGCUCCGCGGCGAGAACGCCCGGCUCAAUUUCCCGGAGCUCUUCCUCAACAAGGAAAAACCCUCUGUUUCUUCUCCGCCUUCCCCUGUUCCAACUCCGUCGGAAACUGACCCGAAUCUGCCAGAGUCCGAAGCUUCGCUCCCGCCUCCGGCGGAAGAGGAGAGACACGCUCCAGACACUGAUUCCGGGAUGGGUUCGGUGACCGAUGAAGUUCCGGCCGCCGCGGCGGUGGAAGGCGGCGGAGGAGAAGGAGGGGUACAGGAAAUGGCGUGGGGAGAAAUGGCGGAAGCUUGGCUGAACGCGAUUCAGGCAGGGUGGGGGCCAGGGAGUCCGGUAUGGGAUGAUUUGGAUGCUAAUAACAACCUGUUGAUGAAUUCCCAAAUUCCAUUUAGCCAUUCUAAUACUAAUCAGCAGCAAGGUGGAGGAAUCAUGACCAAUAUGGCAGGUAGUGGGUCAGCUAAUCCUUCGAGUUCGUCUUGUUUCCAGAUGAAGCCGUUCUUUUGGAAGGAUCAAGACUGA